UUCAGCGACCAGCCAUGAUUCCACAGCUAAUCAGCGCUCUUGUGCUAAUCCACGUAGCUGCAGCUGCACCAGCGACAUCCAAGAUCGUUAAUGGUACAGAUGCAUCGAUCAACGAUUAUCCUUUCAUGAUAUCGCUGCGCAGUGCUUCCGGAAGUCAUUCCUGUGGUGGAAGCAUUAUCAACAAAUACUGGAUUCUGACCGCAGCUCACUGCGUAAAUUAUUAUUCAACUCCUCUUGUACAGUCCAUUCAAGUAGGUAGAUCUGUAAUUUCCCGGGAUGUCGACGACUCCGUGUAUCUCAUCGACGACGUGAUCAUCCAUCCCUAUUAUGAUGCUGCAAAUAGCUACGUGAAUGACGUAGCGCUGAUUAAGCUGAAGAGACCGUUGGAAUUCAAUGAGAGUGUGCAGCCGGUCAAAUUGGCGAGCAAAUGGUCCGAACUUGAUGCGACAGAUUUGGACGUCACUUUGAUCGGAUGGGGUCUUUUGGAGACUGAUGGUGACUUGCCGACUACAUUGCAAAAAGUGGACUAUUUUGCGGUGCCUAAUGAUCAGUGUAACGAGUUCCAUUCGCGGCAUAUCUAUCCUAGUCAAAUUUGUGCAGCCUUACCGGAGGGCGGUAAGGGGCAAUGUAGUGGAGAUUCUGGUGGUCCUUUACUGAAUAAUGGAAUUCAAGUUGGAAUCGUUUCCUGGAGUGUCAAACCGUGCACGAUUGCUCCGUAUCCGGGAGUUUUGACAAAGGUUUCCUAUUUCCUUGAUUUUAUCGAUGAAAAUACUAAGUAAAAACUGUCAAGCAUUAGUAGAAUUUCCAAAUAGAAAGUUCAAAAACAUAGUUUAAGAAGGAAAGGUCUUUAUGUGAAUGAAAGACAAUUUCGGUACCAUUUCA